CUCACUAGAGGAGCCUCAUUUCUCAAGACAAGCCAAGUGACCGGUCUCUCUCUUUCUUCCUUAUUAGUCUCAUCUUCACUCACGGUCUCUGUAGAGCGAUGGUCCACGAGAGUCUUGAAGACUUCUCAUAAAAUCUCAUACAAUCACAGGUCUCUCGCUCUUUCACCAUCAUCUCCAUCCCGUAAUUGAUGCAAUCUCUGCUCAAUUUCGUGAAAUCUUCACGAAAUUGAAGUUCAAUUCUACACAUUCUGUGGAUCUGGUUGGUUCUUCAUCUGAAAUUGACUAUCAACCUAACUUGAAGGUAGAGAGUCUAGAGAGAGAGAGAGCACAGAGAGAGAAAGAGAGAGUCGUAUAGUGAUCCGCUCAAUGUCAGAAGGAAGGUGAAGUGACAAACUAGAUAGAUAGAAACGGGGAUUAGAGAGAGAAACUAGAGUGAGAAAGAGUAGACAGAAAAUGUAGUGAUAGAGAAUCUCAUAUUCAUCGGCUCAUUGUCGUUGACCAGGAGGUGAAACCAGAUAUCUUCAGGCUUGAAGAAUUGAGGAUUUUUGAGUAAUUGUUAAUUAUAAUUAGGAAUUGGUGAUAAUCUAAUCUGUGAUAGCUCGAAAUGCUUGAAUAUUUAAAUUGAAAGUGAAAUUAGAUGAAGCGAAAGGUAAGCCAACAGAAAUCUCACUACAUAUGGAAGACGAAGGUUUUUGCUGCUCUUCUUUUUGGAUUUUGCUUCGCGACUGUAGUACUACUAGAGACCCAGUACAGUCGAAUCAAAACGCUCGCUUUAUUGUCUCCUCCAAUUGUUCAAAAGCCUAAAAUUGCGUUUCUGUUUAUAGCUAGAAAUCGGCUUCCACUAGACAUAGUUUGGGAUGCAUUCUUUCAGGGGGAUAAAGAGAAUAAAUUUUCCAUUUCCGUUCACUCUAGGCCUGGUUUCCUUUUUAACAAGGCAACAACAAGAUCAGCCUAUUUCUUGGACCGUCAAGUUAACGAUAGCAUACAGGUAGAUUGGGGAGGAUCAAGCAUGCUCCAGGCAGAGCGUAUAUUGCUUCAACAUGCACUCAUGGAUCCUUUCAAUGAACGAUUUCUUUUCCUUUCAGAUAGCUGCAUACCUUUAUACAACUUCAGCUACACGUAUGACUAUAUAAUGUCUACGACAACUAGUUUCGUGGACAGCUUUGCUGAUACAAAAGAAGGCCGCUACAAUCCAAAAAUGCAUCCUGUAAUUCCUGUUUAUAACUGGAGGAAAGGAUCUCAGUGGGUUGUUCUGACCAGAAAGCAUGCACAGAUUGUGGUGAAAGAUGAUACCACUUUUCCUAUGUUUCAAUUGCAUUGCAUGAGGAAGUCGUUACCCGAGUUUUGGCGGGAUCAUCCCCUUCCUGCUGAAGGAUGGAAGGAGCAUAACUGUAUACCGGAUGAGCAUUAUGUUCAGACGUUACUGGCCCAAGAAGGCCUUGAGGGAGAAAUCACACGAAGGACACUAACGCAUACUUCCUGGGAUCUUUCAUCUUCCAAAGACCGUGAAAGACGAGGAUGGCAUCCUAUGACUUACAAGUUAGCAGAUGCUACUCCCAUGCUCAUCCAAUCUAUAAAGGAUAUAGAUAAUAUCUAUUAUGAGACUGAGUACCGAAGAGAAUGGUGCACUAGCAAGGGGAAGCCCUCCCCAUGCUUCCUUUUUGCAAGAAAGUUCACUCGGUCUGCUGCUCUCCGGCUUCUUAAUAUGUCGGCGCUGGGAGCUUCAAAUGAAAGCAACAAGUAAAUCCUUGUUAUGGGAAAGUAUAUAUCUGCUGUAAGUUCACACGAGCUAGAUGAAUAACUAGGGUAUGGAAGUUGAAAAAAAUAAAAGAAAAAGUUAUUAUGAUGUAAAUUUUCUUAUUUAUUGGAUUUAUUAUGAUAACAAAAGUAAGUUUACUAUUCUUUGCUCCA